AUGUUGUUUCAUAGAGUUGCUAUUGUUCUCACUACCAUUGCUUCCAAAGCCUAUGCUGUGGCUGCUCCAGAAAAACAAUUGUUCGCUUUGGCUCAAAAUAUGAAUAUGCCAAAUAGUCUCUUGGAUUCUGUCUUUGCCAUUGAAAAGAGAGAUGCCGCAUCUUAUAAUUGUCACGCGUUAUGUGGUAACAUGAUUUCUGCGGCCGAAGGGUGUUCUUCUGGUGGCUCAUAUGAUACCGACUGCUACUGUUCUACUGGAAUUUUCGCUGAAAACUUGAGUGGUUGUUUGAGUUGUGGUUGGUGUUUGUGGGAGUACUACUCACCAUACUUGGAAGCCCCAUUGGGUUCUUGUGGUGAGCCAACUACGCCAACUGGUACUUUGUGUGCUGCCACGUCUAGCAGUGUCUCUUUUGAAGCAUCUUCUGAAAGCAUCUCCGUCACUUCCUCUAGUGAAACGUCUUCUGAAUCUUCCUCAACCGAAACUUCUUCUGAAACCAUCUCCGUCACUUCCUCUAGUGAAACGUCUUCUGAAUCUUCCUCAACCGAAACUUCUUCUGCUGAAAUCACUAACUCUGCAAAAAAUACCUCCGAAGACCCAACCACUGUCGGAGAAGCUAGCUCAUCUUCCAGUGAUAUUUCUUCUUCUUCUUCUUCUGUUUCUGUAUCCUCAUUUCAAGGAGGUGCUGGCAUGAUUUCCUCUGGAGCUUUCUUGGGUGGUGGUAUCGCUUUGGCAGCCGGUGUCAUUGCUCUUAUUUAA